CUACGACAUGUAGUUUGGUUGACUACUCCGUUGAACAAGCUGGAGUUGUAAAUGUCGCAGACCACUUGAGGGAUCUAUUCAGUCGCUCCGAGUUUAACCACGCCGAGUGCUGCGGAGGUUGGAGACAGGUACCUGAUUGGUGUCAGUGGAUUCUUUGGAUGUAAUUUACAAAGAGUGUUAAUUGGCGGGACACGUUUACACCUAGAUUACCUGUGUUGCGAUGGGACGCGGUUGGAACGCUACCCCACCUGAGGCCCUCUGUAAAGGGGGCCGUCUUUCCACGUGAAACUUGGAUAGAUUUACUUUGAUGACAGAGAUGAAUGGCCCCAACCAGGCUGCACCCUCAUCCCCUACCCCCGGGACUCCCCUGCCCCUGGGGUCCCUGGAGGACAAGCUCCGUCUGGCCGCCAGUAAGGGGCUUGUGGACAAAGUGCAGGAGCUGCUUCAGGCGGGCGCCACCUCACACCCUGACAGGGACGGACGAACAGCUCUGCAGUAUGCGGCCCUGAAUGGACAGGUGGAGGUUUGCAAGAUGUUGGUGCAACAAGAUGGUGACAAGGAUGCUCAAGACGCUCUUGGUUACACAGCAUUACAUCGAGCUGCUUCUCAAGGUCAUGCAGAGGUCAUUGAGACUCUGGUCGAGGCAGGUUGUGCCAUUGAUAAGCAGGAUAAGAAUGGCAACACUGCCAUGCAUGAGGCGGCCUGGAAUGGAUUCAGCAAGACGGUGGAGAUGCUGGUCAAGCAUGAGUGUGACACUUUCGUUGCCAACAAGGGAGGCUUCACUGCACUACAUCUCGCUGCCCAGAACGGACACAAUGAGAGCUCCCGUGUGCUGCUUUAUGCUGGCUGUGAUUCAGAUCUGAAGAACAAUUACGGGGACACAGCGCUGCACACAGCAGCCAGGUACGGCCAUGCAGGUGUCACGCGCAUACUCCUCAGUGCCAGGUGUCGGAUCAACGAACAAAACAAGAAUGGGGAUACCUGCCUCCACAUUGCUUCGGCCCUCAAGAGGAGGAAGAUUGCCAAACUCCUAGUGGAAUCUGGCAUUGAUGUUCAGAUAAAAAAUAAGCAAAAUGAGACGGCAAUGGAUGUCGCUCGUAGGAAGGAACACCCAGAGAUAAUUAUCAUCAUCCAGUCCUUUGCUCGGCCCAAAACUCCCAAGUCUCCGAAGUCCCCUCGACCUAUGACCCGAACCCACCCUAACGUGGUGACCUUCAAGGAUGAGAUCCAGGUGGAUAUGGAAGGGCCGGUAGUUGUCCUGGACAAUGAACAGCCAAUCAAAUCCGAGAAGCCAGAAAAGGACCGCAAAUUUUUCUUCUUCAAGAAAAAGAAAAAGGACAAGGAAAAGACCCCUCCCCCUAUGAUGAAGGGUCCCGGUCAGACCCCCUCUCCGAGGGGGGACAACUCUGGUCCCGCCCAGCCCUGGAGUAAGCCGUCGGCCGUGCAGGGGUUCUUCAGUCAGUAUGUGCCGCAGACCGGGAUACAGUACUACCGGGAUCUGGCCGGGAACAUCAAACAGGGCCCAGUGGGCUACACUCCUCUCUGUCAAUGUGGACCCACCUUGAAGCGUCUGGAGCACAAGAUCGAGACAAACCGAGACAACAUGGUGGACCACACUAAUGCUUCUCAUCAGCUUCUCAAGGGGCAAAUCGACCACCUUGAUAGACGCACAGCACAGCAGGUGUUCGCUAUUGACAAACUCACCAAGGAGAGGCUGGAGAAUGAACACAAGAUGUGCCAGAGUCGAAUCAAGGAACAUCUGCAUCAUGAACGGAAAGACACUCGGCAUAUGUUCAACCAAUAUAAUGAACAGAUUCAGACCUGGCUUGAUUCGAAACUUGCAUCAUAUGGACAUUGUUUAAAUCAUCACCAUGACGAUUCGGCAUUACCUCCAAGGACAAUGUUCACAGACUUUCAUGAAAAUGAAAACGGGCGGUUGUUUAGAUCACGGUCAGAUGAAACGCUUUCAGUUUCCGAUUAUAGUGGAAAAUAUCGGAAGAAAGACUUUUACGAAUCUCGUCAUGAAGCUAUGCAGCUGAUACGAGCAUGGCAGGUGCCAUCCUACCGCCAGAGUGCGAGACGGCGGGAGAGAAAUAACAACACCAUCAACAAUAAUGUGACUGUCACCAAGGCCGAGAUUCACGGAAAGAUGGAUAGAAUAGCAGACGGAGCUUCACCUAAAUAUGAGGGCAGUCCUAAUCGCCAGAUGAUGGGACACUAUCAGAAUAUGACCUCUCCAAGUGCAAACUCUCCCAUUGAUGUCAGUGCUAUCAAGAGAGAGACAGGAAAUCAAGGAGCUAUUCCGAAACGGUUGCCUCAUUCUCACUCUUGGCAGCAUCCUGUUUCUCAGUCAAAACCAGAACUGAGCAGGUCGCGUGAGGUAAGUCCGCAAGUGCAUGGAGCUUCUCGUUCUAGAGAAGGGAGCCCAUUGGAUGUUCGUUCAAGUGUUCGGCCAAUACUUCGCAGUCAUACUGACUCUGGUGCUCUCAGUAAUCAUAUGUCAAUGCCAAAGCAAAAUUUAUCCGAAAGGGGACCUCCAAACACAAGAAACAUGCCCGGUGCACCGGAGGUUCCCCAAAAGCCUCCCAAACCUAGCACUGGGCAGUUGCCAAACCCCACCAUGUUUGCUAGGCAGAACAGUGGGGGCUUCAAACACACCAGUGGUGGCUUCAGUCAGAACAAUGUUGGCUUCACUCAGAACAAUGGUGGCAUCAACCAGAACACUCGUGGCUUCACACAGAACAAUGGUGGCUUCACACAGAACAAUGCUGGAUUCACACAGAACAAUGCGGGCUUCACACAGAACAAUGCAGGCUUCACACAGAACAAUGCAGGCUUCACACAGAACAAUGCGGGCUUCACACAGAACAAUGCUGGCAUGAAUCACAGCAGUAAGGCUCCCUCACCUGUAGGGGGAUACAACCAGAGGAAUAAUCAGGCCUACAUGUACUUGGAAGAGGCUCCGAUGCCAAAGUACAAGCCCAGGACACGGUCAACCGACACUCUGCUGGCAGACGACAAGGAGACGUUCGCCCAGCAUGUGUCUCGCAGCAAGAGCCUAGACAGGCCGUUAGAUGAGGUGGACAGGAACAGUGGAGGAGGUGACAAGAGUGGCGUUGUGACACAUCCAGCUCCCAGAUCAUCUGGCUUCCAGCAUGGUGUGCCCGAAAACAAACAUGGUGUAGCAUACAGGGUUCCUCCAACCAACAACCCGUCAGCAAGUGCCAAUCUGGCUCCUGCUCGGAACAGUAUGGCUGGAUACCGAGAGAGCCCCUAUGCAAGUGUUAGAGAGAUGCAGAAAGUUGCCAACAGUGUGAAAACUACUGCACCUUCUCCUAAACCAGGGUUUCCGACAAAUGCUGCUACCCCAUCUCCCAAGCCAGGCUUCCAGGCCUAUACAUCUGCUCCAUCACCCAAACCCGGCUUCCCGGCCUACACAACGUCCCCCUCCCCAAAACCAGGGUUUCAGGCUUAUGAUAGUUCAUAUCGGAGAGAUCCUGUUCGGGAGUCAGGAAGAGACAGUAAUUAUGCUGAUAUCUCCCAGUUCAACAAAGAUCGACCACCGUACAGGAGUAUGUAUGGUAUCCAUGGUGAUAAAGGUAACUACGGCAACUAUGAAAGUAUGCCAAUACAAAACUCUGUGAGCAAAUCAGAGAAUAACUUGUUAAAAAACAGUGAAAAUACAGACGUGAAAUCACGGCCAAGCAAACCGCCACCAUACGGUUAUCGCUAUGCCGACUCAGGUGCUAAUCUUUCUGGUAACCAAGGAAACAGUGCUAGUAACAAUAAUACUAAUUCCACCACAAACCAUAGCCAAAGUGGUAACUAUAGCAAUUACCCUGUAAAUAGUCCAAACAACAAUGCCCCCACACGAACAGGCAGUGUGACGCCUGUGUCGGGACGAUUUGGGAGCAGCAAAAUCAGUGAUAACAAUAAUACCGUAGUUAACCAUGUGAGUAACCACAGUAACAAUGUGACUAACACAGGCAACAACUCUCAGGAUAGCUUCAAUCUGUCCCCGGCAGAGUGUUUACGUCACGAGAGUCCGUAUCCAAGGACAAGUGUAUAUAACCCUACAUAUCUUCAGAACAAGGAGGACUCGACUUGUAGCAGCAACCAGGACUCCGGCUACAGUAGUAAGGCAAAGCUACCUUAUCUGGGACAGAGUCCCAAUGGGUUGCCUAGCAACAGUGGAACCCCAUCUUCAUCAUUCAGCAUGGAUCGUAGCCUCUCAACAGGAACACCCAGUCAGAACAAUUCUCCAUUUGUGCCUCAGACUCAGAGUGAUUCCCCUUUCAUUAAUUCCAAUCAGAGUAGUUCCCCUUUUACACCAGUCAUUGCAACAAAUUCACCAUUUUCCCCACCAAAGGAAAGUACUCCAGCAUUCAACUACUCCUCGAAUGCCAAUUAUGAACAGCAUACCCCCAGGCAGCCAGUCAACAUCCAGUCUCAUGUCAAUGGGUGGUACGAGAAGAAGCUUCUGGAAGCUGCGGAGAAGCUGCGCAACAGUGAGCAGUACGGAGGAGCUCACAACUACAACAGCGCUCCUAUCAACUACGACCCUGUGAAUGGGAGUGAUGUGUGACAACAUUCCUUGCACUGGCAGCAGUGUACACGAAACUUGUGUAAUAACCAUUGCAUCACACUGUCGACAACAGCUGGUCCAUAGUACAACCAACAAAGUGAUCUUAGUGCUACAACUGUCGUAAGUGUACGUUCAAGUAUGGGGGAUCGAAGAGUCGUGGCUAUAAGAUUGCUUUGUAGAAUGGGAUCCAGGGGUCUGUUCUACAAAGUGAUCUUAGUGCUACAACUGUCGUAAGUGUACGUUCAAGUAUGGGAGAUUGAAGAGUCGUGGCUCUAAGAUUGCUUUGUUGAAUGUGGUCAUAGUGCUAAGAUCAUGUUGUGGUACAAGGACAAGCCCACUAUAAACCUUCAUUACGCUAGUUUUUUGUCCUUGUCCAAAUAGCUAUUAGUUUCAAUGCAGUGUUAAGUCAUAUCUCUGUGGAAAAACUCUGAGACACUGACUAUAAUGGAGUUGGACCCUGUUGUAAUGACACAUGGUGGGUGAAGGUUUAUUUGCAGGUGGUAUUUAGUCCCUAUAGUACUGCUGGCUGGACACUGUGUUUCACAUAUGACACUGAGUUUGACAAUCAAAGUAUUCACAAACAGAUUCUCACUGCCUCCACACAACAUUCCUAGUGCUAUGUUUAUCCCAGAUGGCUUGUGAGGGUUAUAUAACUGUUGGUGUGGAAGGCGUCACUGUCAGCAUUACGGUGGAUCACUCUACAUGGUGAGCAUGACAUGCUUAACAUGUAGGCUAAAUUAUCUCAAACAUUUUCUCAUUUUUCUUUCUUGUAUUUAGGCCAGACUAAUAAUUUCAGUCUUUUGUUGACACACCUUCCCUAAUGAAAAACACAAUGAAAGUAAGGAAUGAUACUUUAUUUUUUUACAAUCCUUGUGUUGUAUUUUUAGUUUAGGGAGUCUCUGGCAUAACUGACCUCCAAUCAAAACAUUUUUGGUUCUGUUUUCAGCCUCUAGACAUUUUGCAAAUUGGCCAAGAAAAUACAUACUACUCAAAACAAGUUAAAGAACACCCACAAUUGGAAGGAUGUGGUUGCAAUACCCACCAGCCAUGACAGAUUAACUUGGUUUGAGUAGUAUAUUAAACAAGGAAUUUCAUUAGUCUGGCCUCAACAAGUUAACUCCAGUGGACUCUAGUUAUAAUCUGAUGUCACCCACGGCCCCAGCUAACGCUGGCUAUCAACUCUUAAGUCACGAUGUAGAACAUGAUCCUCUCUAGUUCCACUGAUGAGAUAAAUCGCUGAAACGUUGCCUUGUCAUUAGGAUAUGGGUGCCACUUUAUACAGACAGCAAUACAUUUCAACAGAUAUUCUUUCUUGAUCCACUUUGAAAAACAUCUCGGCAUCAAUUCUUGCUAUUGUGCAAGUUGUGCAAGUGCUUGGUUUCUUAUUGCAAGAACGUUGAUAACAUUCAGGUAAAAGUUAAAAAAAAUAUUCAGAUUUAAGUGAUAUCUUAUGUGUAUCGCUGUGUUUGGCGAAAUAUCAGUGUCUUUGGAUUAUCAUCACAACUUCCAUUACAGACAAGUUUUGCUAGAUCUACUGGAUAAUUUCUGCUCCUGCUUAAAAGUUUUCAGGAGACGUUUUAUUUUCAACUGAUGCCAAAAUGUACAGUUGAUAAAAAACAUUUCAACAGUAUCAUCCCUUGUGAAUACAUGGAUGUAUGGAAGGCGUGUGUCAGAAGCAUAUCAGUUUCAUUUGUUUGAAUUGUUUGUGCACAGAUAGUUGUGCAACAGAAAACCCAAUUUGAAAGAAUAUUAAUGGACAAAUUUAUGUGUAAUAUUUAUUUGUGUCACAAGGUUUAAUUUCCAACUAAACGACUGAUUUGGUCGCUUGUGGAUGGCGACUGACAAAUAAGGUAUGGAUGAAAUGUAGAAGGGUCAACUAGUUCGACCUAGCUUGUAUCAAAGUAGCAUCCCUUAGCUAUGCCAGGAACUUAUGGUCUUGGGGUCAAAUCUCAAAUGUUUUACAAUUAUGGUCCAAAGAUCCUUGGUUAUGCAGGUCUUCCGCAACCCAUGCUUGUCAAAGAGGCGACGUAAGGCAUCAAUAGUAGGGCUCACUGACUUGGUUGAUGCAUGUCAUCGUAUCCCAAUUGCAUUGGUCGAUGCUCACGAUAUCAAUCACUGGAUUGUCUGAUCCAGACUCGAUUAUUUACAGACCACCGUAAUAGAGCUGGAAUAUUACUGUGGCAUUAAACAACAAAUACAUAAACCUGGGUUUUCAGCUUGGGUUAAACCCAACUCACUCAUUCUGUUGAAAUGGAAGAGUCCUGUUGUCCCCCUCCACGCCAGGAUAGCUAGAGUCCACUGUUAUACAUACAGAAAAUCUACUGAUCUCAGACUCCUUGAUAUCCUUCACUUCAUCACCAGACCGCAGAUCAAGAUCACUGACACAGGGUCAUCAUUCAUAUGUCGUUUUACAACUGCACAUUUUUGCAACUUUUUGUUCAAGGCAGCAAGCAUGUAACUUGGUUUUUAUUCAAAUGGCAAAUACGCAUCAUACACCAUCAUUUUCCAUUCAUGAAUACCACAUAGUACAAUUAUUUGAGUUAUAAAACAACAGCUAUCUUACAGCAACAUUUAAUUACCUAUGUUAAAACAUUAAGACACUAACAUGACAUUGUUUACCGUACAUGAAGUCGUGUCCCAGUUACAACACUUGUUUGUUUGUAUUCUUCCUUUUGUUUCGUUUUCAUCGUUAAGGAGGACAUACUUGACCAAGUGUUGCAUGUCAGCAAUGUCUUGAAUUGUGAAGAAUGUGUGGUGACAUCUUGCUGUUGCUAUUCUCUGGAUAUCAUCAAGUUGGAUAUAAUUUGCAUAAGCUGUUUAUGUUUAGAUUGUCAAAAUUAUUAAAUUGGCAUCCUUUUAUGAGAACACCCUCAAACAGAACAACAUAGUCAUGUAUUGUAAAUACUUUACGGUAAUUGACGUAUCAAACACCUUGAUCUAAUAACGUCAGCCUACCCAUGGUUUGAAACCAGUUUCAAGUGAUAUAAGUUAUCAUAAGGAUUUAUUUUUGUAAUAUAUGUUGUAGUAUUCAGAAACAUUCAUAAGCUUUAUGGAAGUUCAAAGGAAAUGGAGUAUGAAAUAACCAUGAAAUUUGUUUGAAAUGUUUUAUGUGCCCCGUGUGCUUGAAAGGUCAAAUACGAUGUACAUGUACUUGUUUCUGAAAGUGGCCCUCUGAGAACUGCUUGUUGGUGAUGGAGUGUUAUCAGCUCCCAUCUUACAAGAUAUGUUGAGUUGUUUUAGUGUUGGUAUAAGUAGGAUGUUUCUAACAUUAGAACAGUUAUGGUUAUCAAGUGACUUGAUAAUCAGGACAACCAUGGCAGGUGUUUGAAUGUUCAACACUUUGAAAGUCAGCUAUGUUUGUAGGCAUAUUUUCCUUGUUACUAUGGGAACAAAAUUGAACAUGCCAAAAAUGAAUGAUCUCAAAAUGUGUUCAAAUAUUUUACUACUUUGUCUGCACGUUUUCAUAAUGUAACCUGCUGGAGUGAGCCCUUUUGGACUGUCAGGGCUAUUUGGUGGCUUCUUGAUGACUUCAGGCAGAAAAAUAGUCCUGAAUGAGAAUUCCUAGGCAUGAUGUGGAGUACAGUCAGCUUAUAUAAAUAAACAUUUGUUCAAGUCAAAAUUCUGUGAAGUUCAGUUUGGCUCAGAUACUCACUGCUUCUUGUUAAGGUGGAGAAAGACAUGACGGUUUUGUCAUACAGCCGUGUUUACUGCAAUCAUAUAUUUAUUGUUGGUAACUUCUUACCACUGUUGUCUCCAUCUCUUCCAUAGUCAGAAUUAUUGUUACAACUAAGAUGUCCAAACAUUCAUUUUCUUAUUGUUGAAUGAUUGUUGGUAUUUGAUUAGUCAUUUUAUCCCAUGGUCGAAGUGGAGAUAAAAAUGGCAAAUGAGACACUUUCAUGAAAAGUCCAAGUUUGUUUGAAUUGUUUGAAUGUGGGGAAGGCAGGAAGUCUUGCAGCCAUAACAAUUUAGUGCUACAUGUAUCAUAAACUCAUGGCUUGCUGGUUUGCCUGUGUCAGUCAAGAUUGUGGAGUGUGGCCUGCUGACUGUGGCACGAUAGUCUUUGUAACAUGGCAGAAAGUAUCACAACUUUUAUUAUGUGGCGUGAAAAUGAAUGUCAGUAAUUUCAAUCUGUUGUUAGUUUAAUAGACCCAUGUUCACUACAUCUUGUUUGUUCCAUGAUAGAAUACAGAUCCUGAGCAUGACAUGCUUCACUGUAUUGUUACAGCCCUACAGCAGUUGCCUCCCCUCCCCAUCCUAAAUGGCAAAUCAUUCUCAUGUACAGUUUGUAUCAUAUAUUGUUUGUAUCACAAGCUUCCAAGAAGUCUUCAGAUGUUUUGUUCAUAUUGUGUACAUAAAUACAUUUUGUACAUUAAACAAUAUUUUCAAUUGCAAA